AAGUUCAUUACCUGUCAUCUUCACCUCCAACCAGUAGGUUGGAAUGUAGUUCUCAUUCUACACAUAUCUCCCGCCUAAGUCCAACUUAACCGUUGCUUUAAGAUAUGGAAAGUACUGUAACUCUCUUCAUCGAGAAAUAGAGAUCUAGAGACUGGAGAAUUGAACAUGGUAUAAGUUGUAACAACCAUUAGGUGAGCCAUCCAAAAAAAAAAAAAAAAAAACCCACAAAGGAAUUUUCUUUUCUCUCUUCAAAGUCUCUAUCUUUUCUUAAAUACACGCCCAUUUAUGAUUUGAAUCUCUUGAGUUGUUAGGCAUUGAACAUUACUAAUAAUAACCUGAAAAAACCCAAGUCCCAAAUACUGCACAACCUCUUUUCCAACAAGGACUUAGCAAAGACUUGGCGGAGAUGAGAGUUUUCAUCUCAGCUUUCUUCUUUAUUGCCAUCUUUUCUUAUGCAGUCGCAUAUGAUCCUUUGGAUCCAAAUGGAAACAUAACAAUCAAAUGGGAUGUCAUGUCUUGGACAGCAGAUGGCUAUGUGGCAGUUGUUACAAUGAACAACUUUCAAAUGUACAGGCACAUUAUGACCCCAGGAUGGACCUUGGGAUGGACAUGGGCUAAAAAGGAUGUGAUAUGGUCCAUUGUGGGAGCUCAAACCACUGAGCAAGGAGACUGCUCAAAGUUCAAAGGCAACGUACCUCACUGCUGUAAGAAAGACCCUACGGUGGUCGACUUGUUGCCCGGCGUUCCUUACAACCAGCAAUUCUCAAACUGCUGCAAAGGCGGCGUCCUCUCCUCAUGGGGCCAAGACCCUGCAGCCUCUGUCUCAGCGUUCCAGGUCAGUGUUGGCCUAGCCGGUACUUCUAACAAGACGGUGAAACUCCCCCGCAACUUCACUUUGCUCGGUCCCGGACCUGGCUACACCUGUGGCGGGGCCAAAAUUGUGCCCCCUACCACUUUUCUCACCCCCGAUCACCGCAGAAAGACUCAAGCUCUGAUGACAUGGAAUGUGACCUGCACAUACUCACAGAUUCUGGCGAGGAAAAAUCCUAGCUGUUGCGUCUCUCUAUCAUCCUUCUAUAAUGAUACAAUCACUUCUUGUCCUCAUUGUGCUUGUGGUUGCCAAGACAAGCGAAAUUGUGUCAAACCCAACUCAAAAAUUCUUAAAUCGGUCGGAAUAAACACUCCGAAGAAGAGCAACGCCCCGCUGCUGCAGUGCACCCACCACAUGUGCCCGAUUCGAGUCCACUGGCAUGUGAAGGUCAACUACAAGGACUAUUGGCGGGUGAAGGUCGCCAUCACAAACUUCAACUAUAGGCUGAACUACACGCUUUGGACACUGGCUAUUCAGCAUCCCAACCUUGACAAUGUCACGCAAGUCUUCAGCUUUGACUACAAGCCUCUUGUUCCUUACGGAAACAUAAAUGAUACGGGUAUGUUCUAUGGCUUGAAAUUCUAUAAUGAUUUGCUAAUGGAAGCUGGGCCAUCUGGGAAUGUUCAGUCUGAGAUUCUUCUUCAAAAGGACAAGAACACUUUUACUUUGAAGAAUGGAUGGGGAUUUCCUCGGAAGGUCUACUUCAAUGGCGAGGAAUGCUUGAUGCCUCCACCUGAUGCAUACCCUUAUCUGCCCAAUUCUGCCCAUAAAAACCUCCUGAUUUCCUUCUCAAAACUGAUUUCCUCUUUGCUUUUCCUGUUCAUAGUUCUUCAGUGAUUGGUUAUAUACUUUUGCUACAUUCUUUGUAUGUGUUCAAAAAUUUUGGAGAUAUGGUGCACAGAGUAUAAAGUACUAAUACAUGCCUUGAGAGAAAACGAGACCCUUGUUUGGCCAAGUCAUGAAAGAACAAUACUUCAGUUGUAUUUUGAUUUGUGCCUUGUGAAUAGAGAGAUUAAAUACUUCCAUUUGUAUAACAGAGAUUAUA